GCCUCUCGCUCCAGCUUGAGGUCGGUUAGGGCCUCACCGUCCUGCUUCCACCCGUCAGGGAGGCCUCGGUGAUUCGGGCACAGCUUCAGCCUCCGUUGCUGUGUGACUUGCGCUUAUUGGAUGAUUCGUAGCUGAGACUCCGCGACACCCCUGAAGUGGGGAAAUGGAACACUUAACAUUCAGGGAUGUGGCCAUAGAAUUCUCUCCAGAAGAGUGGAAAUGCCUGGAUCCUGCACAACAGAAUUUAUAUAGAGAUGUGAUGUUGGAGAACUACAGAAACCUGGUCUCCCUGGGUGUUGCUAUCUCUAACCCAGACCUGGUCACCUUUCUGGAGCAAAGAAAGGAGCCCUACAAUGUGAAGAUACAUGAGACAGUAGCCAAACACCCAGCUAUGUGUUCUCAUUUCACCCAAGACUUUUUGCCAGUGCAGGAGAUAGAAGAUUCAUUCCACAAACUUAUAUUGAGAAGAUAUGAGAAAUGUGGACAUGAGAAUUUACAAUUAAGAAAAGGCUGUAAAAGGAAGGUGCAGAAAGCAGGUUAUAAUGAAUUUAGUCAAUGCUUGUCAACUACCCAGAGCAAAAUAUUUCAGUGUAAUGCACAUGUCAUAGUGUUUAGUAAAUUUUCAAAUUCAAACCAACAUAAGACAAGACAUACUGGAGAGAAACACUUUAAAGAAUGUGGCAAGUCAUCUCAGAAGUUCUCAGACCUAACUCAGCAUAAAGGAAUUCAUGCUGGAGAGAAACCCUACACAUGUGAAGAAUGUGGCAAAGACUUUAAAUGGUAUUUAGUCUUUAAUGAAUAUAAGAUAAUUCAUAGUAGAGAGAAACGCUUCAUAUGUGAAGAAUGUGGCAACAUCUUUACCACAUUCUCAAACUUUGCUAAACAUAAAGUUCAUACUGAAGAGAAAUCUUUCAAAUAUGAAGAAUGUGGCAAAGCCUUUAAUAGGUCCUCAACCCUUACUAAGCAUAAGAGAAUUCAUGCUGAAGAGAAACCCUUCACAUGUGAAGAAUGUGGCAAAAUCAUUACCUCAUCCUCAAACGUUGCCAAACAUAAGAAAAUUCAUACCAGAGAGAAACUCUACAAAUGCCAGGAAUGUGGCAAAGCCUUUAAUAGGUCCACAACCCUUACUAAACAUAAGAGAAUUCAUACUGGAGAGAAACCCUACACAUGUGAAGAAUGUGGCAAAGCCUUUAGUAGGUCCUCAGUUCUCAAUGAACAUAAGAGAAUUCAUACUGGAGAGAAGCCCUACAAAUGUGAACAAUGUGGCAAAGCCUUUAGACAAUCCGCAACCCUUAAUAAACAUAACAGAAUUCACACUGGAGAGAAACCCUACCCAUGUGAAGAAUGUGGAAAAGCCUUUAGUCGGUUCACUACCCUGAAUGAACAUAAGAGAAUUCAUACUGGAGAGAAGCCCCACAAAUGUGAAGAGUGUGGCAAAGCCUUUAUAUGGUCCACAGACCUGAAUAAACAUAAGAUAAUUCAUACUGGAGAGAAACCUUACAAAUGUGAAGAGUGUGGCAAAGCCUUUGGAUGGUCCGCAUACCUGAGUAAACAUAAGAAAAUUCAUACUGGAGAGAAACCUUAUAAAUGUGAAAAGUGUGGCAAAGCCUUUAUAUGUUCCAGAGCCCUGAAUAAACAUAAGACAAUUCAUACUGGAGAGAAACCUUACAAAUGUGAAGAGUGUGGCAAAGCCUUUGGAUGGUCCACAUACCUGAGUAAACAUAAGAAAAUUCAUACUGGACAGAAACCUUAUAAAUGCGAAGAGUGUGGCAAAGCCUUUAGACGUUCCAGAGUCCUGAAUAAACGUAAGAUAAUUCAUACUGGAGAUAAAACCCCCAAAUGUAAAGGAUGUGGUAAAGCCUUUAAGCGGCCCUUAUAUCUUAAUCAACAUAAUAAAAUUUUUACUGGAGAGAAACUCUAGAAAUAUGAAGAAUGUGGCAAAGCCUUUGAAUGAUCCACAAACCUGAAUGAACAUAAGAACAUUUAUACUGGAAAUAAACUCUAUAAAUGUGAAAAAUGUGGCAAAGCUUUUGGAUGGUCCACAAUCCUGAAUGAAAAUAAGAGAAUUCAUACUGGAGAAAAACCCUACAAAUGUAAAGAAUGUGGGAAAACCUUCAAACAGUCCUCAUACCUGAAUCAACAUAAGAAAAUUCAUGCUGGAGAGCAACCCUACAAAUGUGAAGAAUGUGGCAAAGCUUUUGGAUGGUCCACAACCCUGAAUGAACAUAAGAAAAUUCAUAUGGGAGACAAACCCUACAAAUGCAAAGAAUGUGGGAAAGCCUAUAAACAGCCCUCAUCCAUGAAUAAACAUGAGAAAAUUCAUAAUGGAGAGAACCCCUACAAAUGU